AUGGCGAAAGAUGAGGAUGUGAUUGAGGUAGGAAGAGAUGUUGAGAGGGAGUAUCCUCAAGAUGAGAAGCCCGAUCUCUCAGGCGGGGCUGAGGAGGUGGUUGGGAUGCAAGAGCUCGAUCCGGCUUUGGACCGAAAGAUGCACUUGGUCAACAACGCACUGGAUCAGAUUGGCUGGACCAACUAUCAUCUUAAACUCUUCUUCCUCAACGGUUUUGGAUACGGUGUAGAUGCCCUCCAACUAUCUCUUCAGGGCAUCAUCGCUGUCCAGGCUGUGCUCGAAUUCCAGCCUUCAUAUGACAAGGGCUUGACCAUCGCUCUGUACAUGGGAAUGCUUGUGGGAGCCCUGUUCUGGGGCUUCUUUGCCGACAUCAUCGGUCGUAAAAUCGCUUUCAACAUCUCGCUCUUCAUCUGCUCAGUUUUCACAAUCGCAGCAGGCGGAGCUCCCAACUGGGCCGGACUCGGUGUCUUGAUUGCUGUGGCCGCCUUUGGAGCUGGUGGAAAUCUUAUCCUGGAUACCGCCGUCUUUCUCGAAUAUCUUCCUUCAAACAAGCAAUGGCUUCUCAGCUUGCUGCCUGCUUGGUUCGGUAUUGGGUGCACCAUUGCUGGGCUUGUUGCUUGGGGAUUCAUGCCGAAUUUCUCAUGUGCCGAUGCGAGUGACUGUACCCGAGCAAACAACAGCGGCUGGAGAUAUCUCAUGUACACCAUGGGAGCCUUUAUUGCAGUCCUGGCCGUGGCUCGAGUCACCGUCAUCCGUCUCCAGGAAACUCCCAAGUUUCUCUUGGGCCAAGGCAGAGACGAGGAAGUUGUCCAAAACCUUCAAGGGAUCGCCAAGAAGUACAAUCGCCCUUGCCACCUCACAAUCCAGCACCUGGAAGCUUGCGGAACUGUUAAAUCGGCGCACUCGAAGAAUCGCUUCUCCUUUGGCGAGUUCCUGAUCCAUCUACGCAGCUUGUUUCUCACCAAGAAGAUGGGCUUCACGACAAUUCUUCUGUGGCUCUCUUGGUCUAGCAUUGGACUUGCUUACCCUCUGUUCAAUGUCUUCCUACCAUACUACCUGGCCAGCCGAGGAGUGCAAUUUGGAGUAACAAGCACCAAUGUGACUUGGAGAAACUAUGCCCUGGUUCAGAUUUGUGGAAUAUUUGGACCCGUUCUAGGUGCUGUCAUGUCCAACUGGAAGCCUCUUGGACGAAAGUACACCAUGGUUAUUGGCGCGUUGAUCACUAUGGCCUUCUUUUUUGCAUACUCCCAAGUCAAGUCGCAAGUGGAGAAUCUUGCUUACAGCUGUAUCAUCUCAUUUACUCUGGAGAUUUACUACGGCGUGCUCUACGGAUACACUGCCGAAUCUCUGCUCUCUGCCCAUCGUGGUACAGCCAACGGUAUUGCCGUUGCUUUCUGUCGAUUAGCUGGAGCUUUUUCGGCUGUCGUAGCCACGUACGCCGAUCCAUCAACCACAGGCCCAGUGUUUGUAUGCGCGGCUCUCUACGGAGGACUCGCCUUGUUUGCAGUCUUGUUCCCAUUUGAACCGUAUGGCAAGCGAGCUGCCUAA